UUAUCGAAAAACCCCAAAACAUUCGGGUCAGCGCGUAGCCCGGAAUGAUCCCGGUUGGAAAGGGCUCUCUGCCCGUACUGACAGUACCAUGCGUCCCGCUCCGGUUCGACACCACCGGGGACUCUAACGUCGGCUAGCCCAGCGGCCUUUCCCGCAACCAUGAAUCUAAGAGGACUCUUCCAGGACUUCAACCCCAGUAAGUUCCUGAUCUACUCGUGCCUGCUGCUGUUCUCCGUGCUGCUGUCCCUGCGGCUGGAUGGAGUCAUCCAGUGGAGCUACUGGGCCGUCUUCACCCCCAUAUGGCUGUGGAAGCUGCUGGUCAUCAUCGGCGCCUCGGUGGGCACCGGCGUGUGGGCCCACAACCCUCAGUACAGGGCUGAGGGGGAAACCUGCGUGGAGUUCAAGGCCAUGCUGAUCGCCGUGGGACUCCACGUCCUGCUGCUGAUGUUCGAGGUGCUGGUGUGCGACCGCGUGGCCCGGGGGAACUACUUCUGGCUGCUCGUCUUCAUGCCGCUCUUCUUCGUGUCACCCGUCUCCGUGGCGGCGUGCGUCUGGGGCUUCCGGCACGACCGCUCCCUUGAGCUGGAGGUGUUGUGUUCGGUGAACAUCCUGCAGUUCAUCUUCAUCGCUCUGAGGCUGGACAAGAUCAUCAUCUGGCCCUGGCUGGUGGUGUGCGUCCCGCUGUGGAUCCUCAUGUCCUUCCUGUGUCUGGUGGUCCUCUACUACAUCAUCUGGUCGGUCCUCUUCCUGCGCUCCAUCGACAUCAUCGCCGAGCAGCGCCGCACUCACAUCACCAUGGCGAUCAGCUGGAUGACCAUCGUGGUGCCGCUCCUCACCUUCGAGAUCCUGCUGGUGCACAAGCUGGACAACCACAACGAGCUGAGCUACGUGUGUGUGUUCGUUCCUCUGUGGCUGUCUCUGCUCACGCUCAUGGCCACAACGUUCGGCCAGAAGGGAGGAAACCACUGGUGGUUCGGGAUCCGUAAAGACUUCUGCCACUUCCUGUUGGAGCUCCUCCCCUUCCUGCGAGAGUACGGCAACGUGUCGUAUGACCUGCAGCGCAGCGAGGACCCCGAGGCGGCCGACGACCUACCCGUGCCCGAGCCGCCGCCCAAGAUCGCGCCCAUGUUCCACAAGAAGACGGGCGUGGUGAUCACCCAGAGCCCCGGGAAGUACUUCGUCCCUCCGCCCAAGCUCUGCAUCGACAUGCCGGACUAGCCCGGGCCGAGCCGGCGCUCCGGAGGGCGGAGGGACGCCCCGUCGGCCCCGGGACCAGGAGACGCUCCCGACCGCUCGGUUUUCAGGUUCCGGCUCAGUCGCACGUUAGCUAAUGCUAACGCUAACAUGGCCCGUCAGAAUGAACUGCAUCGAAGCCACGUUUCGGUUAGCAUGAACUGCCAUUAGCCUCUCUGUGCCGAUUGAAGACCAACCUGAGAAAAAGAGACAACGUUUCUCCACCAAGACGACGACAGACAGAGCACUUUGUUCCGUUUUUCUAUUCCUCAUCUUUUUUUCUUUAUUUGUAAAUAAGAGUUGUGGAGUUUCGGGACCAGAGUUCAUGCUAACAGUCAGAACUCAUUGAAUCCACAGUAGAACUGCGACUUGGCAGCACAGAGUCUUUUUCUUUUUUUAAACAACAAGCUAGCCACAGCUGCUGUAAUAGCACUUUGCUCCAGUAGGUGGUGCAGUGAGUCUCAUUACUGCCACCCGGUGGACGGAAGAGGCCUCGCUUCCAGCUGACGCUCGUUCAAACGGCGGCGUUCUCUCCACCGCUGAACCUGCUUUUUAAAGAGUCUGGAUGGAUUUAGGAUCGGAUGCUGGCAGUUUCUCGAAAACAUAAAGCUGUGACAGCAGCUUGUGGAAGCUGAAAGUGUUCUGUCCUGUUCAGUAAAAAAAUAAUAUGUUCUGCAGUUUUGGGAUGAAGUGAAAAUAUUUUUUUCCCCCUAAUAGUCUUUCAUCAUUUUGAAUAUUUGAGUUUUAGUCUCCAAAUGGUCUCAUUUUGAUUGUUUCGAAAUAUAUAUUUUUUUAAUUUCUCAAAUUUAUCUGGAUUCUAAACAUUUCCACAAGUAUUUUUUAGAUCAUUCUUUAAAAAAUACUUGUUUCCGCUCCGUUGUUCUGACUUCAUUCUGAAAAGACUUGCUCCUUGGGACGAGUACCGUCCUGUCCCUGAAUGUGGCGCUAGCGUAGCAUCGUCCCCGUACCGAACGCGACCUCCAGACUUCCUGCAUAUCGCCGCUCACCUGUCCCAGCUGUAAACUAACGAGCUGUUUGAGAGAGAUUUGCUCAGUCAAGCAAAUACAAAACUUUACCCGUUUGAACAUAACCACGUCUUCUGUGUUUCUGGUUUUACUGCUUCAGAGGACUUGUUUCUUACUGUGAUUCAAGCUCCGCCCACUUUCUCCCAUUAACCAAUGCCUGCAAAGUGUGCUAAACCUAAUCGGGGUUAAAAAAGUGUUCUUUAUGUUGCCAGCUGUAAAUAAGUGUCACAAGUUCUUUUUGUAUUAACCUCGAAUAAAACUGAGUGAACAUGG